CAUGUAUGGUAGCAUAGACUUGUCGCCUAUUCCAUGCUUAUCUUUUUCUUGUUUCUCUUUUUGCUAUUGGACUGCGUUUUCUCUCAGGAUAGACGGAAUAGCGUGACUGGGAUUAUGGACACGAAUGGAAUGUUGAAUGGAGGUACUAUGAUGGAAUGUCAAGAGGAGAUUUACAUGUGCUGUUAUUAUUUAUGUCGAUUUACCCUAGCUGCUGGGAAAUAUGGUUUGGAUGGACUUUGAUCAAUAGGCAUUAUACCCUUGUGUGCAUUCCUAUGGCCCUUGUUCUGUAUGGCUAUCUCAAUCUUCCCUCGUCGGCUUCAGCAUGGUAUCGGUUAUGUAGAAUGGCGUUUUAUACUGGCUGGGCAAAGGAAUGGACAUGAUUCUGUGGGCAAAUUACCAUUAGAUAGUGGAUAAUCAUAAUCUU